GUGCACCUUUUGACCCUACCUUUGUUCUGAGUCGUACUGUGUCCAAUGUGAUCAGUUCUAUCAUCUUUGGCAACCGCUUUGACUAUGAAGAUAAGGAGUUUCUCUCUUUGCUAAACAUGAUGCUGGAAAUUUUCCGUUUUAAUUCAAGCUCAGUGGGGCAGCUUUACGAAAUGUUCUCUGGAUUCAUGAAGUACCUGCCUGGCCCUCAACGUGACGCCUUCAAGCAUCUUUCUGGGCUAGAAGAAUUCAUUGCAAGGAAGGUGAAAGAGAACCAGGAGACUCUGGAUCUGGCCUGUCCACGAGAUUUCAUUGACUGCUUCCUGAUAAAAAUGCAUCAAGAAAGGGAAAACCCACACACAGAGUUCUUCCUGAAGAAUCUUGUUAUGACAACACUCAACAUAUUCUUUGGUGGAACUGAAACUGUCAGCACAACCUUGCGCUAUGGCAUCCUGCUUAUGCUGAAGUUCCCAGAAAUUCAAGAUAAGGUUUAUCGGGAGAUUGAUCGAGCUAUUGGCAGGAAUCGUGGUCCCAACAUGGAUGACUGUUCACAACUGCCCUACACUGAGGCUGUGAUCUAUGAGAUCCAGAGAUUCGGUGACAUGCUCCCCAGGGGGCUAGCACGACGCGUGAACAGUGAUACCCAGUUUCGAGGAUACACAAUUCCCAAGCCCUGGCACUGUGCUCCGGAAUCUUUAAUUCUACAGUAACAGUCAUCUUCCUCCCCUGAAGCUUAGCAUGUUUAACAUGUCUUUCAAUCAGC